AUGAUGUCUGACGAAGAGUUUGAUUUUAAAUUCAGUCAGUGUUUUGGUGAUAAAGCUGAUAUUGUUGUCACCGAAGCUGAUAUUAUUACUUCUGUUGAAUUUGAUCAUUCAGGUGAUUAUUUGGCUACAGGAGACAGAGGAGGUAGAGUUGUUUUGUUUGAAAGAAGUAAUAAAGAUAAAAUUAAGAAAAGUGCUGGUGAUGUCGGGGGUGGCGGUAAUGCGGAAUAUAAGUUUCUAACCGAGUUCCAAAGUCACGAUGCAGAAUUCGAUUAUUUGAAAUCUUUGGAAAUUGAAGAAAAAAUCAAUCAAAUUAAAUGGUUGAAACCUACUCAAAAAUCUCAUUUCUUAUUAACUACAAAUGAUAAAACUAUUAAAUUAUGGAAAAUUUAUGAAAAAAAUAUAAAGGUAGUAAGUGAGAAUAAUUUGCUAAAUUCUAACGGUAGUGGUAAUCAUUCUGCAUCUUCAAAUUCAUCAGCAUCUCUAACUUCAUCAAAUUCAGCAUCUAAAUCGAAAUCUUUGCAUAGUAACAGUAACAAUAUUAAUGACAAGAAUAAUGAUAAUGAAAAUAACUCUUCAACAACUAAUAAUAACCUUAAAUCAAAUAAAAUUUCAGCAUCAGCCAAGGCAGUACAAAAUCUGUUUCUACCAAAGCUAAUUGAUCAUGAAAAAAUCAUAACUGCUAUGCCAAGAAGAAUAUACAGUAAUGCUCAUACGUACCAUAUUCAUUCAAUCUCUGUUAAUUCAGAUCAAGAAACUUUCUUAAGUGCAGACGAUUUAAGAAUCAAUUUAUGGAAUUUAGAUAUCCCUGAUCAAAGUUUUAAUAUUGUUGACAUUAAACCAACAAACAUGGAAGAAUUGACAGAGGUCAUAACCAGCGCAGAUUUCCAUCCACAACAUUGUAAUUAUUUCAUUUAUUCUUCCUCAAAAGGUACUAUUAGACUAUGUGAUAUGAGACAAAAUGCUAUUUGUGAUUAUCAAACAAAAAUAUUCGAAGAGUACAUAGAUCCAACUAGUCAUAAUUUUUUCACAGAAAUUACAUCAUCUAUUUCAGAUGUUAAAUUUAGUCCAAACGGUCGUUACAUUGCCUCCAGAGAUUAUUUAACAAUAAAGAUUUGGGACGUCAACAUGGACAAUAAACCAUUGAAAACCAUUAACAUACACGAACAAUUAAAGGACAGAUUGAGUGAUACUUAUGAAAAUGAUUCUAUUUUUGAUAAAUUCGAAUUAAGUUUCAGUGGAGAUUCAUCAAGCAUCAUGACAGGCUCUUAUAAUAAUAAUUUCAUGAUUUAUCCAAAUGUAAUCCAAUCUAAUAUUGAAGACACGAAACCAACAAUCGUUAAGACAUUCGAUAAUAACCCUAAAAAGAAGAAACCUGCAGCUAAUAACGAUAUCUUGUUAAAAAAUGAUGAUGGUAUUGGUCAAAUUGUAUUACAAGCGGACAAAACAUCUUUCAAGAAUAGAAGAGUCGGCACAACCGCACAAAGAUCUGCUAAAAUUAAAGACUGGAGCGAUGAUAUUGAUUUCAAGAAGAGUAUUCUACAUUUCUCAUGGCAUCCUAAGGAAAACAGUAUAGCGUUAGCUGCCACUAACAAUCUAUUCAUCUUUUCUGCUCAUCCUUAA